AUGGUUCUCAACUCCAGUCCUGAUGUGCAUUCUUUGCACUUGUAUCUUGUUGCAUCCCAAGGCUUUGACUUGCCAGAUUACUUUGAGUUAAUGACUGUGGAUGAUGUGCCAGUCUUCUACUAUGACAGUAAUAUGAAAGGUGUGAUACCUGUCCCUGAUUGGCUGAACAACACAAUGGGACAGCAAUACUGGGACUUCUUAGUUAACACAGCAGAAAUGGACAACCUCAAAAUAGUGAAAGGUCUCAAAUCAGCCGCACAGCAGUUUAAUGUCACAGGUGCUUCCAUUUAUCAGGCCUACGGUGGAUGUGACCUCCAUCCUGACGGAACUGCACAAGCCUUUUUAACUCAUGCAUUUAAUGGCAAGGACUUCGUAAGCCUUGAUAUUGAGAGUAAAACAUUCAUAGCAGCGGUUCCACAAGCAGUCCUCUACAAGAGAAUGAGGGAGAGGGAUCAAACCAAUCUUAAAUUACUUGACUAUUUCUACCGUACGAACUGUGUUGAAGGAAUUAAGGAGUUCCUCCGACAUGCCCCCAGCCUGCGCAUGAAGAGAGUUCCAGAGGUCAGAUUAUUUGAGAAGAAAAACUCUGCCUUCACAGAGAUCACAUGUCAUGUGACUGGGUUCUACCCACGAACAGUGCAGGUUCAGUGGUUUGGGUCAGACAUGCAGCCUGUGGUUGAGGAGGUGGAUAGUGAAAACAAAGUGCUAUCAAAUGGAGAUGGUACUUAUCAGACCAGAAAGAGUGUUGUGAUACCAGCAGAACACACAGACAUACAUCACUACAGCUGUGUGGUCCAGCAUAGCAGCAUAUCUGGAAAUAUCACCAAGGCUUGGGCAGAGCAAGGAGAGACAGGAGAAGGUGCUGUGGACACAGAAUCAUUCCCAUCACCAGAUCUUGGUCAGCCUUCCUCAGGAAUGCCCAACAGGAGGGCAGACAAAAUAUGUGAGAACUGUGAGCUCUCAAGUGAUGUGACCUGGGAUCCUCGGGUGUUUUGGGUCUCUCAACAUCAGACACAGCAGCAGUACGCAGCAGCAGCUUACGGAGCAGGCUUCUUGAUCCGAAGCCACCUGUUCCAGAUGUCAGGACUUUUGAGAAGCGAAACUCUGCCCUUACAGCCUGUGGUUGAGGGGGUUAUUGAAGGUAAAGUGUUACCAAAUGGAGAUGGUUCUUAUCAGACAAGAAAGAGUCUUGUGAUACCAGCAGAACACACAGACAUACAUCACUACAGCUGUGUGGUCCAACAUAAGGGAAAGAAAAGUGAAAAUGAAAUAGGUGCUUGGACCUAA